AUGCCAAUUCCUCUCUUGAAACAAUAUCUUCCAAUCUCUCUCGCUCUGCUCCUCUUCUACGGCAGUGCCUCUCGCUUCACCCAUGGUGCAACAUCAACCGCAUCUUUCUACCAAUAUCAGAACGACCGAAGUCCUGACGACGGUUCAACCACAUCUCGAAUAAUUCCCAUUUGCGAUCUUCUCAUUGGAACUGCUAUCCUCCGGCGGGGUCUGUCGCGCAAAAUUGCCACAUGCUUAGUAGCUACCACCAUUAGCUCCGUGGCUGUUCAGCGUUUCUUGGCUGGUUUGAAUUGUCGUGGAGAUGUCUUUCAGGCUGUUUGGGCAACAGUGACGGCUGCUACUGUUUGCAUGUACCCCUAG